GUUCUUUUUUAUAUUUUCUUUUCUCCGAAUACUUGCGCAUAGCGCAGAAUGCCAGGGCUCUGAACCUCUCGAGUCUCUGUUGACCUGAAACGUAUCCAGGAAACAACGCGCAACACAGUACCGAACCCCCUUUCACUCAUUCUCUCUCUCUACAUUGCCCUUUGCCCUGUCAUUCUACAUUCCCCUUUCUUUUGUUCAAUCCAUUGCAUGUACCAAUCUCUUCUUGACCGACGACGCGACGCCGUCACCGCUUGUGUGCAGCUAUUGAGGGACAACAGGGACAUGGCGCUGGACCCGCGCUUCUACCACCACAUCGGCCAUCCGGGCCCUGGCUCGAUCUCAUCAGCCGCUUCCUCCGAACUCUCCGCCGCGACGGGAAUCACCUCGCCUAGCAUUCUCUCCACCUCCGCCUCCGCCGCCACCCUUAGAUCUUCCGCUUCAAGUCCGUCCUUCCGCGCGCGGGAAAGCGUAGCGCUAUCCGGCCGAGAUGGAAUGGCCAGCCCCACGCCAGGGGGCAAUGUGCGCGUCGUCGUACGAGUGCGAAAGUUCUUGCCUCGAGAAAUCGAGCGCAACGCGCAUUGCUUGAUAUCCAUGGACCCGCGUACACAAAUGACUUGCCUCCAAGCCCCGAAACCGAAACCUGGCGACUUCGGGAAGCCAAAGUCGCAAGCCCGUGGCAAGAUUCUGGAAGACAAGUCAUUCACGUUCGAUAACUCGUUUUGGUCGCAUGAUGAGGAGGACGAUCACUACGCACACCAGGAAGAUGUAUACAAUUCACUAGGUGAGGAGUUCUUGGAUCACAACUUUGAAGGGUACCAUACGUGUAUCUUCGCCUAUGGGCAAACGGGUUCAGGAAAAAGUUAUACCAUGAUGGGCACGCCUGAUAGGCCCGGUUUGAUUCCUCGAACCUGCGAGGAUUUGUUCCAGCGCAUUGAGAACUCGCCAUCUCCUGAUAUCAGCUACAAUGUUCGAGUUUCAUAUUUUGAAGUAUACAACGAGCACGUCCGAGAUCUUUUGGUCCCCAGAACCGAUCCCCCGCAUUAUCUCCGCAUUCGUGAAUCACCGUCGGAGGGUCCAUAUGUGAAAGAUUUGACGGAGGUGACGGCACGGAACUACACUGAGCUGAUGAAGUUCAUGCGAAAGGGAGACGUCUCUCGGACAACAGCCAGCACAAAGAUGAACGACACCUCAUCUCGAUCCCAUGCCGUCUUCACCAUCACGUUGAAACAGAUCCACCAUGACUUGUCAACUGACGAGACGACUGAACGCACUGCCCGCAUUCGGUUGGUUGAUCUGGCUGGUUCUGAACGUGCCAAAUCCACCGAAGCAACAGGCGCCCGACUUCGUGAGGGUGCCAACAUCAACAAGUCUUUGACUACGCUAGGUCGUGUCAUUGCCGCUCUAGCAGAUCCCAAGAAACCCCGCGGUGUACGCAAAGGCAAAGAACUGGUUCCAUACCGUGACUCGAUUCUCACAUGGCUAUUGAAAGACAGCCUAGGUGGCAACUCGAAGACAGCGAUGAUUGCCUGUAUCGCGCCUGCGGACUAUGAAGAAACACUUUCAACCCUUCGUUAUGCCGACCAAGCCAAGAAUAUCCGAACUCGGGCGCGUGUGAAUCAGGACCAACUCUCUGCAGCUGAACGCGAUGCGCAAAUCGCGGAGAUGGCAGAGACGAUUCGUACCCUUCAGCUCAGUGUGAGCCAAGCAGCCGUUCACCAGCGGGCGACUGAGGCCUCAGAUGAAAGACUCGAAGAGUACCAGCAAAAAGUCGAAAAGAUGCAGCGACUCAUGGAGGAGACCAAGAUGGUCAGCGAGUGCAAAAUUCGACAAUUGCAGACAGAAAAUGAAGCUCUGCGCAUGCACCUGAAAUUGGCCGUCGACAGUCUCAAGAACCCGAUUCCAGCCGUCACCCUCGAUCAAAGAAAACCCAGCAUAGUAUCGGUGGCAGAAGAGAAUCAACCGCCCAGCCAUGAGUCAGACGACCGCGAAGGUUCUCCUAUGUCAGAUGCCGAGUCUGACAUGGAUGUCUGGGAGGACGACGAUACCAUCACCCACGAUGCCAACGAGCAAGAGGCUCACCGAAUGCAAAACCACAUGCAUGAUCUUCUCGGUGAUCUGAGUGUUUUCAAGCGAAAGUUGGCCACCGAUCACGAGCGGUUCCGGCCCCUCGAGGGACCCGGAACUCGCAAACGACGUGCAUUGGGACAAAUUAACAACCAUCACUAAUAUGUGGAUAUUACCUUCUUUAUGUUUUAUUGCGUGUACAGGGUUUGAUUGGCGUUGGCGGCGAAUUUUAUCUGCUCUUUGUUUAGAUUGGGACCACGACUCUCCCAGGGCAACGCCUGCCACCUUUGGGCCGCACCUGGACUUAUUCUUAGCCCAUGACUUCUUUAUUUGAUAGCGAGACCCCUUGACAUGAAUAAUGAGACACCUGAUGCGAU